GGAACGGAAGGGCCUCAGUUGUUUGUUUGCCUGCAAGAUGUGCGCAAUGAAGCUUGCCCUGGCGGUCGCCGUGAUCCUCACCACCGUCCUGCUCCUCGGCCAAGGUCACGCCAAUCCGGUCGAGGUGGAUGUGCCCGCCCCCGAUGCCAACGACCUCGCCACCGACUUCGACGAGGCCUCCGAGAAGAGCAUGCGUGUGGUCUCCAUCAAGGUCCGGCACAUCCAAACGGAUCCGGCUCUGUGCGAGCACACCUCGCCCCACCACCCACACCACCCCCAGUGCCACAGCUACUGCAAGCACCAAGGUCACUGGAUUGGACAGUGCAAAAAGAAGACUUGCCAAUGCUUCUCGUAGACAAGCUUCCGCUAUCUGUGAGCCAAAAUACCAUUUUUUUAACGCUAAAAAACCCUUAAAUAUUAUAUUCUCUUAGCACUUUUUGCAAUGUUUUUCAAUAAUAUGUUUAUUAAGUAAAAUACGUUUUAUUAAAGUAUUUUAAAGGACAAACAAUUACCGGAUACAAUUUGUAUGUAUUUAAAUAAAAGGACGAACAAUGUCACCCAAGAGUAUAAAAAUAUAAAUUUACGACAUAAAUUACUUUGUUCAUUAAUCACCAAUUACCUUAAAAAAAAAAAGGAACUAUUCAGCACAGUUUUUUUUUUUUAACAUAAAACCUAAGCUUAAACAAAAAACAUUUUAGAAAAUAGCAUCGAGUAAAUCAUGUUAAAUGUAUGUUUAUUUCGAUUUUAUAAAUAAAUGCCUGAAUGCCUGAUUGUAAA